UUACAUCUUAAACCGGAGAUAAGGCUGUUGAAAUUCUUUAUGCGAAACUGGUAGCAGAACUUCCUGUUUAAGUGGUUUGCAGAGAGAAGGGCUGUUUGCUUAAACAAUUUCCUUCCUUUUUUCAACUGACAGACACAGUAAAAAGAUUAGUAAACGGUUUAGACAACAGAGGACAACUUUGGCUAGAACUUGGUAAGUAACUUUAAAUAUAUAUAUAUAAUAUUAUUACUUUUAUUUGUACUUAUAUUGUGCCAACUUAUUCCGCAGGGCUUUACGUUAUUGUAAAAGGGGGAAAUUUAACAAUAAGUGAGACGGUUACAAACUGUUACAGGAACAAUAGUAAGAUGAGGAUUCGACUCAACGAACAUACAGUCAUAUAAAUGUAUUCACUGUGGAAGGUUUUUCUUUUUAAACUAAUGUAAUGUUAUUCAUACUGAUUGAUUUAUUCAUGCAUUUGUUCUGUUAUAGCAAGUUUUGUGUUGUUAAAUGGGAAUAUAUGAAAUUAGUCACUAGAGUAGAACACGGCCAUCAUCAUACACAGUGGGGAAACCUGACCUCACACACGGCUUGAUAGUUAAACACCAUUUUGAGGGACUUGCCAUCUAAACAGCAUUCCAUCAACAGGACGAAAUAAAUCGAACCUCAAUGCAAAAUUGAUUAAAGAAAGAUUUGUUUUAGAUUUGUACAUUCAGGGCUUAAUGUAACACAAAAGGUGUAAAAUAUAAAGUCUAAAUUUUAAAAAACUAUGCUGAAUUUUUCCUGCUAACUUCAAGGAUGCGUGCUUAUAGCUAGCUUCAAAUAAUACUGACAGGGUUAUUCAAUAAAUGUGAAUUUCAAAUUUAAGUCUAAAAUAGCCAGAUUAAAAAAUGAUUUCCAGUUCAGAUACUGCGGACUAAAUUUUGAAAUUCACUUAGAAUUCACUUUGAAUUGCUGCCAAUUAACUCUUUAAUGAAAAACCCUGAGUGAGUGUAGCUAGCAUCAUAUAAUAUUGAAUGUUCUUAACUAACUUCACAUUAUACCGAGUAUAAUAGCUUAAUAUAACAUUAAUUGCUGAUAAUUAGUGUCAGAUAAUAGUGAUUGAUCAUAGCUAGCAUCUAACUAUACUGCAUGUUCAUAGAAAUGGAAAUGAAUGGUCUUGGCUAGCUUAGCACAAUCCUGAGUGUUAGCAGCUAGCUUCAAAUAACAUUCAUUUAUAAUUUUUCAUAAUACUGAGUUCUACAUAUCAUUAAAACGUAAAUUAACAUAAUGAGUAAAAAAUUCCAUAAUCUAGCUUCCCAAACACUCUGCCCAUUAUUUCUAGAUACCUAAAUGGAUGCUGUGUGCUCAUAGCUAGCUUCAACUCAAACGGUAUGCUUCUAGCUAGCUUCACAUAAUACUUGUAGUAGCUUUACAUAAUGCUUAGAGCGUGCAGCUAAAUUCUCAGAGUAACAAGUGUGUAUAGCUUGAUUCACAUAAUAUUAAGAGCCCCUCCCAAGCUUUGCAUAAUACGAAAUUAUAUUUUUUAUCUCCGGAUUAAUAUCGGUGCUCCUAUAUAGCUUUACGUAAUACAAUGUGUCAAAGGCAUUGCUAGAUUUCAAAGCAUCUGGGGUUUGAACCCAAAGGGAGCGUCUUUAUGUUGUAACCCCACCUAUACACCAUGAGACUGAUGUGCUCUUGGAUCGCAAUGAAACCAUAGUCAGAGAAAAGUACAUAUAGCACAUGGAGAAGGGAGUAGCGAAGAGAUAGCACUCCCUCCCGACAGUCACCUAAGGGGUACUUUCUCAUCUCCUUAGCCAUCCAGCAGAUCUGGAGUUAAACCACAGCUAUUGGCCUUAACAAAAUGCCAAUCCCACAUGUCAUGCAAUAUUGAUUAACCAUACAUACUGUAUAUUCUAAUACUGAGAACCCAUGGGCAACUGCAUAAACUUUUUUUUAAUUAAUUGAGCAUCAGGCAAUACUAUGCAUUGAGACCGUGCACCAAACCGUUAGACGCAAUGGGUGUGCAGUGAUGCACUUUGGAUUACAGACAGCAUUUCCUGUGUCUGCAACAGGGAGGAGGCGGCAGGAAUCAGAAACAUUUUUAAAUGCCUUACUAACUAUGCAUUUCACAUGAAACAAUGCAUGGUAUAGAAUAAACUCCUUAAAUUAACAUAGAUAGUUGAGAAGACAGUAUCGCUACUGGCUAAUGUCACUACCAAAAGUCAUUAUUUCACAGGUAUUACCUGCAAAUAUCAAUUCAAAUUCCUGUUAAAUUCAGGAAUGAACAAAUGUUCAGGAUUUACAAAAUGGAUUGAUUCAUUCGGGCCUAGAUUAGCAGAAAUUCGACUCAUUCUUUGCAUUUGAAAAGGGAUUGUACAAGUCUAACCUCCAACAUUUAGUCAGUAAGGUUAAUAUUUUUACAAUGAGAUGGCCUAUAUUUUUCAAGAACCAACUACUGGUGGAAAAGAUUCAAGAAGUCCAUUCAAUAAAACAUGAGACAUACAUGCUUUGCAUGUAAAAUAACAAAUUGUUUGUUAUUUACAGAAUCUAGAACUUCCCAAACCAAGAAUAAAGUAUUUCAUAAAGUAUCUUAUUAAAAAUCCUUUUACUCUACAACUUAACAGGCUAACAGCUCAGCUUAAUAUAUAAAGGAUAUCUCAUAAUUUGCCAAAAAGUAAAUCCAAUAAUCUAGGCACCAUUUUUUGAAAGAUACACAGCACCAACAAGCUAGUAGUAUGUAAUUUAGCAAAAUCCUUAAGACCUGGCAGGAUUCCAGAAUUCACUGCAAGGGUAUUAAAUUCAAUCAGGAUGCACAUUGCCUUUUGAUUUAUUUUAGGACCGUUCUACUUUAUUUCUUCCUCUUUGGUGUUUUUUUUUUGCUGAAACUGUAGAUGUAACAGAAGAUUGUGUAAUAUUAGAACAUAAAGCAGAACAUAUGUGCUAAAAAAAAAAAAGAAAGAAAAAUAUAUUUUAAAUGUUCUGAAUUUCAUUUUAUUUCACUUGGAACAGGCAAAGUCUGAUUGUGAUAAAAUCCAUAUGAAAUGUCUAAUUAUAGCCACUGACUGCAGCCAGUCGAUUUAGUCUUAUACUGAGGAAUGACUCUGUAGCUUUUUCUCUGCACAUUUCUCAGCAGGACAUGCUGUGUGGAUGCUAAGGCUACAUUGGGUAAUUCUCGUCAAAUCCCAUAUGUUCAUGGUCCACUAAUAGGAUGAUCUCUAGCUAAAUACCAGAUUCAAACACUCAAACAAAGUCACAAUUCACGUGGCAGAGCUUGCAUGGCAUGCAUGUUCUCUUAGCCAACCCAGAUACAAUCUCAUUUAAGAUUGCCUGCGGUGAUUUUAGACUGUUUACAAGACUUUUUUCCAUUAUGUUAAGUCACAAGAUGGUUUCAUUGUGAGCAGCAUCUACUGCCAAGCACAAAAGAAUAUUUUAAGUUAGUAAUGAAUUGUGUAAACGACAGACAGUAAAAUAUUUAUACUCCAUGGUGGGGCGUUUAAUUUAAAUUAUUCUAUUUGAUGGGUAUCAUAAGUUCUGUCUGCAUGCUAGUAGAAAUCCUAACCUCUAGAAUAGAAAUUUAAAUUAUUAUUAAAAGGUUCGUAGGCGUCUAUGUAGGGGUUAUUCACUAAACAGUGAAUUGUGACUUAAAGGGACACUAUAGUCACCAGAACAACUACAGCUUAAUGUAGUUGUACUGGUGAGUUUAAUAGCUCUCUUUAGGCAUUUUCAUGUAAACAUUGCCCCUAGGGACAACUCCAAGUGGCCACUCCUUAGAUAGUCACUGGAGAGGCUUACUGGCUCAUGGCUGCACAGUAAGCAGCCCUGCUGUUCAGCGUCCCCACGCUCUUCAGCGUCCUUGAGGUUGAUGCUGCGAGACUAAAUAUUUGAUAUCUGGUUCGAUUUUCGUAAGGAACAAACAAAGGCCUCCUCUUUCGGUGAUAUUCAGAUGAUUUCUCUGUUUGCUCAUAAUAUAAUUUCUCAUCUGUGCAUCAGCUCCCCUCCUCUCCCUUCUCAAUUCCCCUCCCCACCUUUUCCCCCCCCUUUUUUUCUAUUUUUUUAACCUUCCUUAUAGCAAUGCUCAGUAGGAAGGCUGAGCUAGGUAGCCAACUUACUAUUAUUAGCCAACAACAAUUCUCUCCUUUUCCUUCUUUCUCCUUUUUACAAGUACUCUGCGCCUUCUUUCUCCUGUUCUACAAGUACUCUGCUCCUUCUUUCUCCUUUUUACAAGUACUCUGCUCUUUCUUUCUCCUAUUCUACAAAUACUCUGCUCCUUCUUUCUUCUAUUCUACAAAUGCUCUGCUCACAGACAAACACAUACACACACUCACACAUACACUUACAGACACACACUCUCACAAAGAAACACAUACACACAGACAAACAUACACACACUCACACAUACACACAUAUACUUACAGACACACACACAUACACACAUACACUUACAGACACACACACACUCACAGACAAACACACACACACAUACACUUACAGACACACACACACAUACACUUACAGACACACACACUCACAGAGAAACAUACACACAAACAAACAUACACUCACACAUACACUUACAGACACACACACAUAUACUUACAGACACACACACAUACACACUCACAAAUACACUUACCGACACACAAAUUAUUAAUAUUAAAUGUCCACCCAACCUCCCAACCUGGAGAGCUGGUGUGGAUCUGUCCCUGGGGUCCAGUGGGGCUUCACUUCGGCAUGCGGCAGAGUUCUAAUCCGAGGCAGCGAGGGAGCUCUAACCUCUCUGCUCUGCUCCAUCGCGGGCUGUCUACUGAUGCCAGGAGCCGGAAUAUGAUGUCAUAUUCCAGCUCCCCCGGCAUCAGCAAACAUCGCGCGAGGGAGAAAAGCAGAGAGGUUAGAGCUCCCUCGCCGCCUCGAAUUAGAACUCAGCCGCGUCGGGGGGUCCAGAAGGUGGCCUGGCAGGAGGGAGCGCUUCCCUCCUGCCGGUCACUGAAAUCUUGUGCCCCCAAGCCGCCCGCACCCGCCCAGUCUAAAAAAGAGAAAUCCUCUCAAAAAGUGGAUUUAGCCGCCGAAAUCCCUACCGCCCACCUGGAAUCCUGAAACGCCCACUAGUGGGCGGUAGGGACCAGGUUGACGACCCAUGCACUAAUCUGUGAAAUGUACAGAGCUUGUGGGAAAUUUUUUAACACUAUUGUUUAUUUUUUCAAACAGUUAUUUCAUUCUAACAUUUGCAAUAUCCUUGCCAAUUUUUCUUAGUGCCUUUUUAAAGGAACACUCCAAUUCCAAAAUAAAAAAUAUUUAUUAAAAAAUCACUGCUUAGUAACCUUCCAUGCAUUUAUUUAGUUUUUUAUUGAAGGUGCAUCUGAAAAUAGCUUUCAAAAACUACAGUCUUGUCUGCUGCCUUUGCAAACCCUCCCCUUCUAACCCUGCCCAGACUUUCUGUGGCUGUCCAAUUACAGACAUUCCAAUGCAGCUCAAUGAGAAAUCUUUGCAAGGCAGGUCCUUUUGAGUUUAGCUCCACUGCAAAAGCUUUAUUGAAAUCUGUACUUUUUGUAUAAUGAACAGAAGAGGACAAACUCUUCACACAUAAAGAUUAUCACCAAGCUAAAGAGGUUUAGGGGUCCAGAGUGUCAUUUUUUUAAAGAAUAACCUUCCUAACUGUGCAUAUAACAAUCACAUGUAUACAUAUAACUUACUUCAUCAACCUUUAAUUAUACAGUUUAAUUGUUUAUAUAGAAUGAACCUGGAAGCAAGUACUUGUGCCACCCCAACUUUAUUUUCAAUCUACUGGUCCAUUGCCUUGGAAUAUUUUAUUACAAUAUUCAUAAAGGUGUCUAGGGACCCAUUAAAUAAUACUGAAAUAUGUGCUCUAUCUUAGUAGGCUAUACUACUAAGAGGUCUGUUUACUAGCAUGGUUAUUUGGUAAAGUGAGCAUUUAAAGUGAAUUUGAAGUGAAUUUCAAAUUUAAGGUCAAAAUAGCUUAACUGGAAAGAAUCUCUAAGUCAGUUAUGUUUUCAGUUCAGCUACUCUGGCCUUAAAUUUGAAAAUUACUUUGAAUUAUAAUGAAUUAAAAACCGUGUUGCAAAAUUUAGACAAAAAUAGGAAAUUCUAGCCCAAAUUUUGCAAUUCAGUUUUCAGUUAACCGCGGUUUAUGUUUAGUGAAUAUACAAAAUCAUAUUGUUACUGUCCAACAGCAAAGUGUCUUUUUAGUGUUUAUAUGCCAUUUAUUAAUUCUGCAUGUUUUACAAAACACCCCAUGUUCUGGUACUAUAGAAACUUUCCCCAAAAUUCCACUUUGCCAGGAUGCACCACGAUGCAUCAAACAAAAAUGAUGUUCCCAUUAUGUAGAAUUUGUUUAAUGAAUUAACCAACCAUGCAAGCCUAUAGGCCAAUAUAUUGAAACAAGAGAGACAUCUCAAUGACUUCUCAACAUGCUUAGAAAAUGAAUUAAGAAUCUAAAUCUAUUCAAAGAAUUCUGAUGUACCACGGAAACAGAGACAAGUGCGGUAAGCUUUGAUGACAUCAUUUCAGAGCAGACCCGAUUGCUUUUUUGUUUAGUAGCAGGCAGAGCACGGUAAGGUAUGUCUGCUUUAGCAAUGCCUUUUAUGGUAUUACAGACUCUGUGUAAUAUAACGGAAGAAAGUAUGGCUCUUAACCAGGGGGUGGUGACUUUUUCAAUUUAAGCUUGGGUUGAGGUAUUACUCAAACGACUGCCUUGAAUGCCUGAACAGACAAUAUCAGGGUUAUUUACUAAAGUGACAAUUUAACGUGAAUUUAAAAUUUAAGGCCAAAGUAGCCUGACUGCUAUUUUGAACUGAAGUUUGAAAUUCACUUGGAAUUCACCUGGAGUUCUCACUUUAGUGAAUAACCCUGUAUAUUUUAUACCCAAGCAUUAUCUAAUCUUAUAAAAAUUGUAUCUUCCUUCCAUAGAAUAAAUCUUCCCUCUGUUUGUUUGUUUUUUUCUUAUUUUUUUCCUUUUCAAAUGGUUAUGAGUGAGUAUUUUGAUAACAUGCCAUAUUUGCUAAACACUGAGUUAGAAAAAAAAAUCUAUGAACCUGUCAAUUGUAAACUCAACUCCACCUAUACUGUUUACUUUACUACUGCAUCAGGGCCAUUGAGACUGAACAAGUCCUAAGUAGUAUUUCAAUCCUGUCUAGGGGUAAAUACUGGUAAACUGUAAGUAAAUCCUAAGUGUGUCUAAUGAUUUACUGUCACUGCAUUUAAUGGGUAUAGUUCUCUGGUGACACCAGAAGGAGGUCAUCAGAGGACAAACUCAGGUCAGUAAUGCAGGAGCCCCAAAUAGGGACUACCUCGAGGUAUGCUUUUGAUUUUUUGCAGAAUGGAAUAAUAUAUGAUACUAUGCAAGUAUAUAUAAUAUAAUAUAAUGGCUAUAACCCUUUAGUUUAAAAGUUAGUGGGCUGUUCACUCCUUUACAUACUCUAAUAUCAGUUACAAAUACAUUAUCUAUCCUAAAUUCAGCAGGGUAGUCCAGAUAUUAAGCACCUGUUCCACCGGCCCAGGUCUUUUCUCUGGAAAUCCGCAUAUCAGAAACACUCUAUAUUAAGUUCAGCACAAUAACUUUUAGAAACACAUUUGCAGUUGCACAAAGAGAUUCCAGGGGAUUUAAAUUCAUAUAUAAGCUUAGCAACCUUGAAUUUCUACCUUGCAGCUCGUCAAUCUGAUAUAUGUUCUCUUCACAAUGAACUCACUCCAUUAAGUCAAAUCUAUGUGCAUUGCCAGGGUUUGUGAAGAAGUCAUAGGCAUGCCCAUAUGCUGGCUUUCCCACUCUCUAGACAUUGGCAACCUCAGGAUUACUAUUUAGGUUACUAUUGAUGUUGCGGAGGCCUAACUGUAUUCUAAGUUACCACAGAGUAGCAUAUAUGAAGACCUUCAAGUGACCAAUUAUGGUUCCUUUAUUUUCAAACAGAAAAUGAAGACAGAGCUAAUCAUAUCAGAAGAUCAUUGGCCAAGAAUGUGUGAAAAGGCCAACAGAGUGGACAGAGGUGACAUAUAUAGUGUUUGAAACACUGCACAUUCAGAUAUAUAUUAUUACAUUUUGUGCUGCAGGCUAGUUACAAGCCGAGCAAACAUGACUUAGGCAGCCUAGAACUCUGUCAAAUCUUUAUAUAUUUAACAUCAGCAUGCAUAUUGCGCUGGCAACAGACAUUAAAAUCUUCUUGUGUCUCCCUGACUGGAAUCCACCAACCUCCCUAUGCCCUCAGUUAUUUGUCCCUACCUCCUUCCCUUCACUUCUUGUUCCCCACUCUAUCCCCCCACUGGCUCAGAGUGUGAUUAUGCACUCUGAGCCGGCAAAAGAUCCAAUCAAAUGCUUUGCUAUUAGAAGCCUUUGAUUCAACCACGUAAGGCCACCAAUGAUGUCAGACAGACAGUGUAGAUCAGCACCAGACACUUCGCCUGGUGCUAGAUUACAAGUAAGUUUAAACCUUCUUUUCCAGGUUUUAAUUUAAUGUCCAAUCGGGCAUUCCUACUUAAAAUAAAAGAUAUGUUAAAAAGGUUUACAACAACCCUUUACAGUGAAGCAGCCCCAGUGUAUUAUUUUAGUGAACAUUGUCAAAGAAGUUUAAGUUGUUAUGGUGGAGCGGUUAGUGUUAAAAUAGUGUCUGGUAUCAUAUAUUUUUAUUCUGUUCUAUUACUAAAUAUCCAAAGCAGUUAACUUUGUUUUCAAAAUUUCAGGAUCACUCAAAACAGGCACAAUUGUACAAAUCUUGACUUUACCAAAACUAGGUUUCUAUAUUGUGCAACAAAGUGUAUUAUUGUCAGGGAAAAAGAAAGUCACUCUUACAUAAACCCUAAAUAUAACUGUCAAUUUUAUGUAUAUAUAGUAAUAUAGUGUACUUUCCAGUAUACUGAUUAAUUUGUUAAGAUAAUAAUCUUUGCUUCCUUCUCGAUGCAAUGUUUAACAAUGUAAUUACACACACACAUUGGUUACAUAUUGUAUUGUAUUGUCAGCUGACUGGUUUCAGCAUAUCACAGUACCAUUGUUGGUAUAACUUGGUAUGGCUAGAAGGAAGUGUGUAAUCUAUGCCUUAGUCAAUCCUUCAGUAGAGGCCAGCUGUGGGUUUAAGUAAUCCUGCUUAAUAAUGUUAUGGCUGUAUGGAGGUAUUGUACUCUAGGUACUAUAACAGUUCAGUAAGUAGUUAUAGUGUCUACAGUUUCCCUUUAAAGGACCACUCUAGGCACCCAGACCACUUCAGCUUAAUGAAGUGGUCUGGGUGCCAGGUCCUUCUAGGCUUAACCCAUUUUUUCAUAAUUAUAGCAGUUUCAGAGAAACUGCUAUAAUUAUGAAUGGGUUAAGCCUUCCCCCAAAGCCUCUAGUGGCUGUCUCAUUGACGGCCACUAGAGGCGCUUGCGUGCUUCUCACUGUGAUUUUCACAGUGAGAGCACGCCAGCGUCCAUAGGAAAGCAUUGUAAAUGCUUUCCUAUGAGACCGGCUGAAUGCGCGCGCAGCUCUUGCCGCGCGUGCGCAUUCAGCCGGCGGGGCGUAACGGAGGCGGAGAGGAGGAGGAGAGCUCUCCGCCCAGCGCUGGAAAAAGGUAAGUUUUUACCCCUUUCCCCUUCCAGAGCCGGGCGGGAGGGGGUCCCUGAGGGUGGGGGCACCCUCAGGGCACUAUAGUGCCAGGAAAACGAGUAUGUUUUCCUGGCACUAUAGUGGUCCUUUAAUUUGUAAUUAAUAGCACCAUUUUAUAAUUUAGAACUCUUCAAUCCAUGCAAGUGAAAUUCUCUACAUAGUAGGUCAACAUAUUCUCCAUUAGAAUUUAAAAUUCAAACUAUAUGUUGUACGAUCAAGACCAUUGCAAGUGAAUAGACUAAUUUAUUAUAAAUUCUUGCUUAAAGGACCACUCUAGGCACCCAGACCACUUCAGCUUAAUGAAGUGGUCUGGGUGCAAGGUCCAGCUAGGAUUAACCCUUUUUUUAAUAAACAUAGCAGUUUCAGAGAAACUGCUAUGUUUAUAAAUGGGUUAAUCCAGCCUCUAAAGCCUCUCAUUGACAGCCGCUAGAGGCGCUUGCGUGCUUCUCACAGUGAAAAUCACAGUGAGAAGACGCAAGCGUCCAUAGGAAAGCAUUAUGAAUACUUUCCUAUGAGACUGGCUGAAUGCGUGAGCAGCUCCUGCCGCGCAUGCACAUUCAGCAGAAGAGGAGGAUCGGAGGCAGAGAGGAGGAGGAGAGCUCCCUGCCCGGCUCUGGAGAAAAGGUAAGAUUUUAACCCCUUCCUCGCCAUCCAGCCCGGCGGGAGGGGGUCCCUGGGGGUGGGGGCACCCUCAGGGCCCUCUAGUGCCAGGAAAACGAGUAUGUUUUCCUGGCACUAUAGUGGUCCUUUAAAGUUUUGUUCAUGGACUGUGCUUUAGUCAUGUGGUUUAAAGAGACAUCUCAAGCUAAAGUUUAUAAAGCAUUAACAUUUCCAAGACCCCUACUAACCAGAAGAGUUUCACUCACAUGUCCCCACUCAGUGUUCCAUGGCUAUGGGCUAUUAUUAUUGAGCUGUACUUCUAACCAGCCAUGUUUUGUCUAGUUGUCUGUGUUUACAUUAAAACAUAUGUAACUAGUAAUCUGACAUGUGGCUGACGUUCAUUAACCUUUAAUGCGAUUUUUGCAGAUUAUCCCAAGCUAACAGGCAUGAAUCUUUAAUGCCAAAAACUGAGCUGCAAUAGCUAUAGAAAAGCUUAUUGUAUCUCUUAGUGUUUAUGUUUACACAAUGUCUGAGCAUGCUAUAUAGUAACAUGUGUAAUGCACACAAGUGAAAUCAUAGAUUCACUUUAAAAAUCUUGCUAUUAAAAUCUCUAGAACAUUGCCAAUAGUUAGUAAAUCUAUUCUGAAUCAAUUCCACCUGUAGGCUCCAUGUAAAAUGAUUUGGCGUAAAUACGUUACCAGGAAUUCUUAAAACAUCACUUAAAACAUAUUUUUGCACAUGUCUACUAUGCAUUACAAAGAAAAUGUAGAAUUUGGUUUUGUGGAAUCUAUCACAGUUUGCACCUGAUCCAACUUGAGAACAUUUAUUUAUCUAGGUGGUCAAAAGUGAGUGAGUAUAUAUAUAUAUAUAUAUAUAUAUAUAUUUAAGAUCCCCAAGAAUGCAACAGCAAUGUAUGUACUAACAAAGAUAGAUAGAUGAUAGAUAGAUAGAUAGAUGAUAGAUAGAUAGAUAGAUAGAUAGAUAGAUAGAUAGAUAGAUAGAUAGACAGACAGAAAGAUAGAUGGAUAUAGAAGCAAACCUGUGCAAAAGUUCUUGGGUACAAUCAGUGGCGUACUAAGGGGGUAGCCCCGCCACCGGGUACCAUUCAGUAAGGGGGUUCACUUAAGACAGGGGUGGUAUUUUGCCACCCCUGUGUCUGGUGUGAGGGACCCGGGCCACCUAUUUGCGGGGACCAUGAGUCUCCAUAGGGAACAUAAAUCAGCAGCAGCUCCUCUCGCGACCUGCGAGAGCCUUGCCAUGGGUUUCUAUGGCAACGCUCUUCGCUGCAUGCAAUGCGUGCCGGAGAGUUGCCAUGGCAACCCGUGGCAAUGCUCUCGCUGGUCGUGAGAGGAGCUGCUGCUGAUUUACAUUCCCCUGGAAACUCAUGGGCCCCUCUCUAAAACCCAGGCUGCUGUGCCACUCGACCACCAGGGAAAUGUCCUGACCUUCAGUAAGAGUGCAGGGUUGGUGAGAUAAGCCCCAUUAAUUCCUCACACCCCUCUGUCACCUUCCUACACCCUGCCCCCCACACUGUCACCCCCAAACCCUGCCACCAACACUGUCACCCCCAAACCCUGCUCACCCCUAAACCCUGCCCCCCACACUGUCACCUAACUACACCCUGCCCCCCUUCCACACUGUCAUCCCCAAAGCCUGCAACCCACAGUGAUACACCUACCUACACCUACCCCCACACUGUUACCUUCCUACACACUGCCCCCUACACUGUCACCUUCCUACACACUGCUCCCCAUGCUGUCACCUUCCUACUCACCACUACCCCAUACUGUCACCCCCCCACCCUGCCCCCCACACUGUCACCUUCCUACAUACUACCCCCCACACUGUCCACACACCCUACACUGUCACCUUCCUACACCCCUGCCCCACACUGCCUCCACACUGUUACCUUCCUACACCCUGCCCCCACUGUCAUCCCCACACCCCUGCCCCCACACUGUCACCUUCCUACACACUGCCCCCCAACACUGUCACUUUUCUGCACACCUCCCCCACACUGUCAUCUCCACACCCUGCCCCCACACUCUCACCUUCCUACACCCUGUUCCCCUACACUAUCACCUUCCUACAGACUGCCCCUCAUACUAUCACCUUCCUACACACUACAUCCACUACAUACAGUGCAUCCACUACACACACAUUCUGCAUCCACUAUAUAUAUAUAUAUAUAUAAAUUCAGAUAGUGAUCAGCACUCACGGAUUUUCAAGAAUUAAAAUUAACAAUUUAUUAAGUAUCCAUUAAAAGAUCAACAUUUCAGUCCCAGCAGGGACUUUCACUGGGCGGCGGGUGGGGGGCCAUAGUGAGAAUGAGGGGGGGGGACCUACUGCCCCCCCGGCCCCCACCCCUGGGCGGCGGGUGGGGGCCAUAAUGAGAAUGGGGGGGACCUACUGCCCCCCCCGGCCCCCACCCCUGGGCGGCGGGUGGGGGCCAUAAUGAGAAUGGGGGGGGACCUACUGUCCCCCCCCGGCCCCCACCCCUGGGCGGCGGGUGGGGGCCAUGAAGAUAAUGAGGGGGGGGACCUACUGUCCUCCCCCCCUCCGGCCCCCACCCCUGGGUGGCGGGUGGGGGCCCUAAGUCAAUUGCCCCCCCCCAAGGUGACUAGGGGUCCCCAAGCCCCUAGUCACCCACCCCCCACCCAAAAAAAAACAAGUCCCUACCUACCCCCCUCACCCUAAAAAAUAGUGAGGGGGGGGAUAAAAUAACUAACCUGUAAAAUAAAAUUAAACUUACCAUUCGACGUCUUCUUUUUUCUCAAAUCUUCUUUUUUCAGUCCCAAAAAAGGCCAAAUAAAAAAACCAUCAUAACCGUCCCCAAGAUCAGUGCUGACUAACCCAAUUUUGGCGUGGAAAGUUCUUGAAUUUUCCCGCGGCUGAAGUAUAAAUGACAAGAGAGCUACCUCUGAUUGGCUUAAACCCACCAAUCAGAGUGUUCUUAGCUAGUGAAGUAGGGGCAGGAAGCAUAAGCCUUCCCCACGCUCUCUUGAAUGGCCUCUUGGCAGACCCUCCAUGGGUGAAGAUGGAUUAUUUUUUUCUUGGCUGAGGGUUUUGCACUUUCGGGAUUUUUAUUUUAUUUUCAAUUCGACGGUUAUGAUGGUUUUUUUAUUUGGCCUUUUUUGGGGCUGAAAAAAGAAGAUUUGAGAAAAAAGAAGGCGUCGAAUGGUAAGUUUAAUUUUAUUUUACAGGUUAGUUAUUUUAUCCCCCUCACUAUUUUUUAGGGUGAGGGGGGGUAGGUAGGGACUUUUUUUUUUGGGUGUGGGGUGGGUGACUAGGGGCUUGGGGACACCUAGUCACCUUGGUGUGGGGGGGGUAAUUGACUUAGGGCCCCCACCCGCCGCCCAGGGGUGGGGGGGGAGGACAGUAGGUCCCCCCCUCAUUAUCUUCAUGGCCGCCGCCCAGGGGUGGGGGUGGCAGUAGGUCCCCCCCCCUUUCUCAUUAUGGCCCCCACCCGCCGCCCAGGGGUGGGGGCCGGGGGGGGCAGUAGGUCCCCCCCAUUCUCAUUAUGGCCCCCACCCGCCCGUGAAAGAUGAGAGACUUGACUAUGGCUACACCGCCCAUAGUGAAGGCAGGAGGGGCAGUAGGUCCCCCCCCUCAUUCUCACUAUGGCCCCCACCCACCGCCCAGGGGGGGAGCCGGGGGGGGCAAUAGGUCCCCCCCCCCAUUCUCCUUAUGGCCCCCACCCACAUCACUAUUACCUGGCAUUAUUCGCGUUGGUGGAAUAAUCCCCACCUAGGAUUGCUUGGAGUCCAGCGAAAAAUGCCAGGUAAUAGUGAUAAAUACAUAUUUAUCACUAUUACCUGGCAUUAUUCGCUGGACUCCAAGCAAUCCUAGGUGGGGAUUAAAUAUAUAUUUAUCACUAUUACCUGGCAUUAUUCGCUGGACUCCAAGCAAUCCUAGGUGGGGAUUAUUCCACCAAUGCGAAAUAUCAGGAGCAGUUGACCUGCUCCUGUCUUGUGAGUAUCCACUUUUAUUUUAUAUUUUAUUUUAAGUUUUAUGCAGAGAACACUAUUGGUUGUCUCUUUUUAUUUGAGUAUCUCCCACACUACGGAAGGAGGAAGCACGUGAAGGAUAAUCAUUCCAUAUCCCAUAAGCGGGGAUCUAAACCGCUGCACGCCCCCUAUACCAGAGCAGGUUCUAGCUCUUGGAAAUGUAAGUUUGCAAUCAAGUUUCAUAUUUUAAUUUCCUUUUCGUCAAGAUAUACUACACCAUUGUGGUUCUGUAUUUGUUUUUAUCUCUUGCAUACGAGACGGCUUAUAAGGAAGAUAGAAAGCAAGAUUAUUGUUUCGGACUAAGCACUACGGACAUUGCCAGAUAAGACGUUCUUCCUUUUUUAUCCAUUGAUUUUAUCUGGACUUUCAAUAUCUUUUAAAGUUUUAUCUAAGCGCAGCCCUUUCCUUGUAUUCUUUGUGUUUUAUUCUAAGGGUUUUUGAGGGAUUUCCUUUUAGGGUUGCUGCUAAGUUGUGUUAUUUAGCGCUCACUCAUUGUUCUGGUUUUACGCUUGAGUUUAGCUUCACUGAGCUAAGCAAACAGGUAACAGGACUGGUUGUCUUAUUAGCAGCUAUUGGGUGUAACAAGGUUAAGUAGAUUUCUUUAGGAGACUGGUGGAUCCCUUUAACUUGCUGUUGGUGAGUUGCCCCUUUUCCCAUUUUUGCUGCCUGUGAUUUAUUUUCAUUUUUUGUGACAUAUUUUUUGAAUAAUAUACAAUAAAUAUUAAUUUUUAUUAAAGAUAUUAUCAAUUUCAAUCUAUAGUACUUUUUUUGUGCAUAUAUGUCUAUAUAUGUAGGUGAUAUGCCACAAGUUGUUAAGUUACAACAAAUACAUACCUUGAAAAAUAAAAAAAGUGGUUACAGUCAGGAAUAGGUUUGCUAAGGCAGACAUUUGACAAAUGUCACAAACCAUAUACGUAUAUAUAUCAUACUUUAUUUACAUUUGUUUUCCAGAUAAAAAUGACAGAAGAACAACCAGUCGCUCACGAUAUCGAGGAUGAAGAUGAGGUGGAAGGAAAGCUGAAUUACAAACCUCCACCACAGAAAUCACUGCAGGAAAUUCAAGAACUUGACAAGGAUGAUGAAAGUUUGGCCAAGUACAAGAAGUCAUUGCUGGGAGAUGGACCAGUGGCAUUAGGUAGCCAUCUUCCUUAAUUAAACUGGUUAUAAUCUGUGAAACAUUGCAGAUUUUUUAAAGAAAUGUAUUAGGUUCUAUGCUUUUCAGUGGUGUAUCCAGAAAAACGCAUGUCAAAAAAGUUAUAAAUUGUUUCGACUUAGUACUUGGUGGCAAAACCCUUGUUGGCAAUCACAGAGGUCAUACGUUUCUUGUAGUUGGCCACCAGGUUUGCACACAUCUCAGGAGGGAUUUUGUUCCACUCCUCUUCGCAGAUCCUCUCCAAGUCAUUAGGGUUUCGAGGCUGAUGUUUGGCAACUCAAACCUUUAGCUCCCUCCACAGAUUUUCUAUGGGAUUAAGUUCUGGAGACUGGCUAGGUCACUCAGGGACCUUAAUGUGCUUCUUCUUGAGCCACUCCUAUGUAGCCUUGGCUGUGUAUUUUGGGUCACUGUCAUGCUGGAAUAUCCAUCCACAACCCAUUUUCAAUGCCCUGGCUGAGGGAAGGAGGUUCUCCCCCAAGAUUUGACGGUACAUGGCCCCAUCCAUCGUCUCUUUGAUAUGGUGCGGUUGUCCAGUCCCCUUAGCAGAAAAACACCCCCAAAGCAUAAUGUUUCUACCUCCAUGUUUGACAAUAGGGAUGGUGUCCUUGGGGUCAUAGGCAGCAUUCCUCCUCCUCCAAACACGGUGAGUUGAGUUGAUGCCAAAGAGCUUGAUUUUGGUCUCAUCUGACCACAACACUUGUACCCAGUUCUCCUCUGAAUCAUUCAGAUGUUCAUUGGUAAACUUCAGAUGGGCCUGUACAUGUGCUUUCUUGAGCAGGGAGACCUUAUGGGCGCUGCAGGAUUUCAGUCCUUCACAGCGUAGUGUGUUACCAACUGUUUUCCUGAUGACCAUGGUCCCAGCUGCCUUGAGAUCAUUAACAAGAUCCUCCCGUGUAGGUCUGGGCUGAUUCCUUACCGUUCUCAUGAUCAUUGAAACUCCACGAGGUGAGAUCUUGCAUGGAGCACCAGAUCGAGGGAGACUGACAAUUAUUUUGUGUUUCUUCUAUUUGCGAAUAAUCACACCAACUGUUGUCACCUACUCACCAAGCUGCUUGGCGAUGGUUUUGUUGCCCAUUCCAGCCUUGUGUAGGUCUACAAUCUUGUCCCUGACAACCUCGGAGCCAGAAAUCUUGCUGAUUGAUAGGGGAUCAAAUACUUAUUUCAAUCAUUGACAAUAUUCCCCUUUCCCUGAUCUUACCUUGCCGUUGCAGGGAGGGGGUGGCACAAUCAGUUCCGUGCAGGUUGAGAAGACUGCCUAUCCAUCGGGUACAGGGGAGGUCCCAAGAUGAGAGGUAUCUCUCUUGGAGCUCAAGCACUUACACAGACUGACCCAUACAAACCCAAAGACUGACCACCACCCCCCACCCAGACUGACCCAUACACACACACACAGAGACUGCCCCUCCACACAGACUGCCCCCUCCACACACACAGACUGACCAAUACACACACAGACUCCCCCCCCACACAGACUGACCAUACACACAGAGACUGACCCCCACACACAGACCGACCAUACACACAUACACAAAGUUGUCUAAGCAACCGGACGUCCCUCUAGUGGCUGUCUGGUAGGCACCCACUAGAGGAGGAGUUAACCCUGAGAGGUAAUUACUAUAAAAACUGCAAUAAUUACCACUCUAGGGUUAAGGGUGAUGGGAGUUUGCACCCACACUACUUUAAUGAGCUGAAGUGGUCUGGGUGCCUACAGUGUCCCUUUAACCAUGUGUUCCUCUAACCAUUUUGCAAUGGAAAAGAAAAACAUCCCUAGUGGUUAAGAGGGAUGGGAUUAAUACCUAAGUAUUUAUUUUUCACAAGGAAGUGGUGUAGUGAUUACCUGUUCCACAGGUGGAGCAAUCACCAUUGAAGCCAAAGUAAAGUUGCUACUAAUUGUCCUGCUAUUAGACAUUUGCCCUAGUAUUAGUCCAAAUGUGGUAAACAAAUUGGCAAAGUCAGGAGGAAGUGUUGUAAUAGACUUAAGUAAGCAGCACUGGAAGGUUUCACAAUAUUUGUGUUUUUGUAAUUUAAAGAUAUUUGUUGAACCCUUGGCAACAUCUUCAAAGUUAUUUAGUUUAUAACCAGUAGUGAACAUUAGCUUUGUCAGCGCUACGGAAUUUGUUGGCGCUAUAUAAAUAAUAAAAUAAUAAUAAUAAUAAUAAUUAGCUCUUAACCAGUAGUGAACAUUUUCAGGGCUAUCUACUAAAGUGAGAAUUAUUGGAAAUUUUAAGUGAAUUCAAAGUAAAUUUAAAUUUUGAGGCAAAAUACCUGAACUAGAAGCAUAGCUGAUGAAGAAUUUUCCUAGUUCAUCUACUUUGCCCUUCAAUUUUAAAUGUAUUUUUAAUUUAUUUUGCUUUACCUACAAUUCUCACUUUAGUAAAUAACCGUGCUUGUAAAAAAUUUUCAACAGUUUUAACAGCUGGUUUAGAAAACAUGACACAUAUAAUGUGAUACAAAAUGGAGGUCAUCUCCCGCCUCUAGAGUCCACUUAAAGGAACAUUGCAGGGGCUCUACUUACUGGUAUGGAAACUAUAGAGGAUCUAGAAACAAGUAUGCCAGAUUUUUUUUUAAUUUUUUUUUUAUUGGUCAUUUAAAAUCUUACAGAACAUUUUUCAUCCAUGAAGUUACAUAUCAGUGUUCAUCCCAAAUAUUGCAUAACAUCAGUUGUUUAGGCUAUGACAACUCAGUGUUCAUCCAAAAUAUUACAAAGUUUUUGUCAUCUAGAAUAUCACAAUACAUUGUUUAUCCAAACUCUCGUAAAGCAUUGUUUGUCUAUAAUAUGGUCUGACCUUCACCAUCAAAUAUAUUACUUAGCUAUAUUCGUCCUAAACAGUUCAAUCCAUAUGUAUUUGUCAAUACUACGGGGUGUUGUUCCAUCUGAGUAAUGGAUUUGGUUUUUGAAAGCAAGAAGUAUAUGUAUAAGUAGAUAUUGACUUCUAUGAGGUGGUGUUAUAUCUUCUGGUAUGGUGUGGUGUGGCGAAUCUAAGAACCUAAGUCCCCGACUGUUUCUCAUAAGGAUGUGUCAUGCUAUUGGGUUUUGUUUAUAAUCGUAAACUAUGUACACGAUUAUAACUGAGAACUACAAGCCUAACAGUGCUGCCUGAACUUGGGGAUUUGUUUUUCUUAUGCCUAAGAGAUUUUGUGAAGGCUAUUUUUCAUGAUGUGCAUAUAAUGUUAGUCUCUGGCCUCCUCUAUCUAGUGCAUUUAGGUGCUCCUGUCAUGUGUCAGGGGUAGUUCCUUUCGGGUCGUCGUAGCUCCAUUGUCAUCUUUAUGCUUCCCUUUCCGCUAGAGUCCAGGUUUUCUCUCAUCGGUAUUUGGGAGGGUGUUUCAAGUUCAUGGUAAUGAUCUCCCUACUGCUAAAUUUAUUUAUUUAGUAUGUUUUUUUGGCCAGUUUAUAUCUGUUCUAUGUUUUUUUUCCUAAGGAAUGAUACCCAUGGGUACCAAAUUUCUUUAUAUAGGGUGUAUUUAUUUGUGAAUGAGUAGUGGAGUUCCUCCAUCACCCUUAUAUUUUCUAAUUUCUGUGUCCAUUCUCUUAUUGUUGGCGCUGUGGAUUGCUUCCAUUUAAGUAUGCCAGAUUUUAUGACUGUGUGUACAUGGUUUCUGUAAACUUGUGGGAGCCAGUCAGUAUUCCUGCUUGCCAUACUAUAUGACAUAUACAAGCACAUAGUCAGUAAUCCUCCGAUUCAAAACAAAACCUAAUUCAAGCAUUUUAGAAGUCCACUUUUUGAAAUAUUUCCAACCCCCUAUACAAUGUUAUAUAUUUUAGUGACUCUCUGAGGUAUAUCACUUUACCAAUUUAAACAUGUUUUAUACUGGAAAUUUGCUAUUAAUUUCGCAAUGUUUUGACCUAUUUUUCCUGCAUUUUGUAACCCACAAUACACACUGUGAAUGUGUGUUAGUCUAGCAAAACACUCCAGUUUGUGUUUAUCGGCAUCUACAAGUUACACAGUAAUAAUGCAACAACUCCCACAUGUUGUAGCGUAACAAUGACAAUUUUUGUGAAUGCACUUAAUAUUUUCAAAACUGUGCUGUGGCCAUAUCUCAUGUGGAGUAGUUCAUCAGGCUAUUAAAUUAAUUUAAAUUGUAAAACAGUACAUUAUAUGGAAUUUCAACAAGCGCAUUCUCAUUCUGUCUGAUAAAAAUAAAACAGAGUUAUAAACAUAUUAAAAUACAUGCCCUUUUCUCCCUGCAAUUUGACAUUUAAGUUAAUUUUACAUUUUUAGGAACUACAUCCCCCAUAGGUUUGGAAUGAUACUGAAAACAUAUUGAAAACACUGUAACCGAAACUGUGUAUGAAAAGGGGAAGUAAAAUGGAAGUUCUCCGGUCAGCAUGAAAUAUAAAUUUACUUCUCCUUUUGUAAAAAUUAACUAUUCAAUAUGUCAAAAUAGUAGGGGAAACGGUGGAUUUCAGUCCAGAGGUUAUUCCUCUAUGCCGUGUAAUGAGAGCAGACCAUAUGCCAUCUAAUCAGACCAGAAUUGCUUUAAAAAUGUGCAGAAAGCAUUGGCAUAGGCUGAACAAUACUGUGUAACAGAGAUAUUGCAUAAGAAAUUACAUAAAGUAAAAAAUUGCACAUGCAUGUUUUGGACAUGUGUCCAUUGUAUAGCAGUUUUUUUUCCAAAAGCAUUUUAGCUCUUAUUGUUAGUCUAUAGUUCACCAGAAACUAGUAAUCCGAAAAUCUAUAGAUUCUUGAUGGUCAGACAUCAUGCAUGGAAAUGAAUGUGCCAUAAUUGAAGCUUGUAAAUCAGAUGUGAAACCUGGAUCUUCAAUUAGAGGCACUGAUAAUCCACAUACAGCUUAGGACAAGGAAAGUCUCUAUAAUAUGUUUUUCUAUUUCAGAGUGUAUAUACUGAAUUAAUUGUAGAAAAGACCUGAUUCUGGCAUUUAAAAAGAACACUGUAGGCACCCAGACCACUUCAGCUAAUUGAAGUAGUCUGGGUGCUGUGACCCAUUUGCACUUAGUAUUGCAAUGUAAAACAUUGCAGUUCUAGAGAAACUCCAAUGUUUACAUUGCAGCUCUAAGUCUGCCCUCUGUGGCUGUCUACCAGACCACUAGAAGGCUUCCGGAAUCCAAACUGACUUUUGGUCCAUUAUCUGACUCUGGAUGUCCUCACGGACCUCCGGCGUCAGGUUUUCCCCAUUUGGAAGCAUUGAAUAAUGCUUUCCUAUGGGGAGGUCUAAUGUGUGCGCGGCCAUUGCCGCGCAUGCGCAUUAGGUCUCCCCAUCUGGCUGACAUCGGCGGGGUAAGAGCGUGGGCGGAGCCUGACCCAGCGCUGAGCGCCUUCAGCCCCGUGGGAGUGUGGCACCCCAGGAGCCUAUAGUGCCAGGAAAACAGGUUUGUUUUCCUGGCACUAUAGGAUCCCUUUCAGCGUGUCUUGGAGAGUUCAUUCAAACAGAUAUAUUGUUGCACAUAUAAUAGUAGUCAUAUGCUGUACAACUGUAGAGACACGGUUACACGUACAAUAGACAUUUGCCAUUAUAAAUUUACAAUCAUUGCAGUGCUAGCCAAGUUAGUUGUUUAGUUUAGUCUCAUUUUUAUGGAUACUGUAGUUACAUUCUUAGUGAUUUUUUUGUGUGUUUUUAAUCUUUAUAACCCUCUACUUGCUUCUUAAAUUAUCCAUGGAACUAUAUUUUAUUACUGAUAAUACUUUUCACUGAAAUCUUCUUUUCAGAUCCCACAGGCCCAAAUGUUAUUGUAACCCGCCUAACAUUGGUGUGUGAUGCUGCCCCAGGACCAAUCACCAUGGACCUUACUGGUAUGUCAACAUAUAAUAUGUGGUCUGAUAAAUUAAAGGACAACUGUCACUUUUAUGAAAUUUACAACAUUGAUUAAAAUCUUUGAAAAUCACACCCCGCACAUGUUAUUGUGAUGUUUUGUUAUGUGUAAAAUUUAUAUUAACGGUUUAGCAAAUUAUAUGAUAAUCCAAUUCAAAUAAAGCACUUCUUUCUUUAUGUUUCCUUGAUUCUGAAUGCACCAGGUCAAAGAGCAGAGUUCAAAUGGACAGUAUAGUCACCAGAGCCAUAGUGAUGUGAAUAUACUUGCCCCUACAGGCUUUUCAAUGUAAACACUGCCUUUUCUCUGAACUAGUAACACCUCUAGGUGCAAUGACUCGGACGGCCAGUAGAGAUACUUCCUAUCUUAGUGCUGCACAGUGUGCAUCACCUGCGCUCAGUGUCUAAAUGCUCUGCAUGGAGACACUCAACACUCCCCAUAGAUAUGCAUUGAUUCAGUGCAUCCCUUUGAGGAAUUGCUGACUGAUGCAGUGCUGUUUUGCUGCAGAUGCACAAUAGCCUCCCAAUGCUUUCCUAUGAGGUCAUCAAGAUUACGUGUUUGUAUCCCUAAUGCUAUAGUGCUCCGUUAAACCAAAAUUGACACGUAUAGAUAAAAAACAAAAAACUAUAAAGUGUGGUGAUAGUGAAAUACUUGUGAAAAAAACAAGUGAAAUAAAAACUGGGUAGAUGCAGUGUGGAUAUCCUCAGAUAGUAAUAGGGUGACUAAAGUCAUACAUCUAUGGUUUAACUGAUGUAUUGAGACACCUUUUUUAGUAUGGUUUUCAUUAAACCAAAUACUAUUUAUGCUCAUCUAUUAACCCUACCAAUAUUCCCAUAAGGAUACACUUGGAUAUUAUACAUUGUAUAUAUCUAUAUAAAGGCUGCUAUAUAUCUACCGAUUAAGACAUUUUGUGUCUAAACUUCCAACUGAGUAGCAAAGAUAAUUAUAUAUUUUCACUCAAUCUCCCUCUAGACUCUCUUUUCUCUUUUUUUUAUUUUCAACAGUUUAGAUAACUCUAUACGAUAGAUAUAUAUUCUAUGGUUACUAUUGAUUUAAUUCUACUCUGUAUGCAGAAAAAAUAUAUGAGAGUCUAUGACUAUUUAUGUGGAUAUAGGGAGUGACUGUGCGAUAAUUUAUGGUCAAUAAUAUACCUUUUUUAGUGCACAUCUAAGCCUGAGAGACUUUAGUCACCCUAUUACUAUCUGAGGAUAUCCACACUGCAUCUACCCAGUUUUUAUUUCACUUGUUUUUUUCACAAGUAUUUCACUAUCACCACACUUUAUAGUUUUUUGUUUUUUAUCUAUACGCGGCUUAAUAAAGGUUAUACCCAAUAAUUAUUCUACUAUUUUUAUGAGAUAUCUUUUGGUGUAAUGGAUGUCCAAUUUUUCCAUCUCUAAUGGAACAACCAUUUCACUCUAGCUCUUUCCUUUUACUCUAAAUUAUCGUGUGGGGUUAUGCCCCUUGAUAUCUCUGUAACCCUUUUGGAAUUUUGAUAUGGGCUUUGCCCAUUUCUAAUAUUUCCUCUCUUGUUUUUUCAUCUAUAAUGCAUUCUAUAUAUUAAAAAAGAGAAGUUGUAUAAACUAUCAAUGUAAAAUUUAAAAAAUAAAUGUGUUUUUUUUUCUUGGUAGGAGACGUAGCAAAUCUGAAAAAGGUGACAUUUGUCUUGAAAGAAGCUGUUGAAUACAAAGUUAAAAUUCAUUUUAAAGUGAGUUGUAUGUGUAAUAUUUAUUCAUAUAUUUCUAGGUUAUAGAUUAUGAUAAUUCCAUCAUAUCUGUGCUGAUGACAAUACAUGAUAACACAUUUGUUAAUCAUCAACCCAAUCUCAUUUGAUCAGAGAGUGAAUAGGGUGGAAAAUAAAUGGAAUGUAUAGUAGGUGAUCAAUGGAGUAGAUACUGCAGUUUCUGUGAAGAAAAAUUAAUUGUUUCUUGAUCCAAUGAAAUAUAAGUAAGGUUUGGGGCACUAGGUAAACAUCUGCUCAUAGGGUUGUAGGUAAGUGUCUGAAUGGCUGCAUAGGAGGCGUUGUAGUUAAAGUAGUUGCUAGAGAGCCAAAUGUUAAAUCCCAAAAUCCCUUUUGAGUCUAUUUGUUAAAAAAAAACACAAAAAAAACCAACAGGAAAAUAACAGGUUCAGAAGAAGGCUUCAAAACGUUAGGGAUCAGGUUGAAGACAAGAAUCAGGAUUAAUAUGGGCAGUUGGCUCAUAGUUUGAUAUAGGGUAAGGUUGCAGAUAAGGUUGCAGUUUGAAAGGAUAAGAGAUGAGAACGAGGCUAGCCUUGAGCAAGACAAAGGACAGAAGGGUGUAAAGAAACAUGAAAAAGAGUACAUGGCUGUUUAUACUGUAGGCAACAAGAAGACUAGGCCACCAGUUACUUGUAAUAAAACUCUAGCCAAUGUCAGUAGUUGCUGGGUAUGGGUUUGCGGACUGGAAGAAUGUCAACAUCUGAUCCUCUGGAGGUAUCCCCUUCGGUUAAAACCAAAAGCUCAAAAAAGAGUAACUCAAGGGAAGGAACAAACAAGUGGUAGAAUGAAAAAGUGGAACAAAACAAAAUAGAAACAUGAAAUUUAACAAAUGGCUUGACAAUCCCACCAUAGUACAGAAUUUUCUCAACAUUGAAAUUAAUACGUUUGGUAUGCAAAGGUUUCUAACAAUAUCCAGACAUUGUAGCCAAUGUAAGAUUUUCUCCAUGGUUUACAUUACUGAGUAGCUAUAAGACAUUAAGUGUUUUACUCAAUAAGGAAUCUAUUAUUUGUGUUAUUGUUACACUGAAUUGACAAUAGAAAACUCACUAUAUAAACAACUCUUUCUUACAGGUGAAUAAUGAAAUUGUCUCUGGCUUAAAGUAUGUCCAGCACACCUACAGGACAGGAGUGAAAGGUAACAAUAUUUUGAGGCACAGUUAGUCAAGUAGGUGGAAAAGCACUUGCGGAAAAAGAACACAAGCAGAUGAUCAUGGCAAACAUAUCUAGAGAAUGAUUAUUUUUUAUUGUAAACAUAAUGUUAACAUAUUUUAAAAAAAAGUCUGUUGGGUGCUUAUCUGGCUAUUUGGGGUAUCUGAUGAAAAACAAUAUGUAAUAUAUAUCAUAGGCUCUCUCUUUUUCCUUGUUAUUCUAAACUAAAAUAAAUGGAAGAAUGUGCCUAUCAUGUUAUUUUGAAGCAGACUGACCACAUGACUAGGAUGAAAUGUCUAGGUAGCUACCAUGAGUCACUCAUGAUAUUCCUUAGAGUUCUUAGCCUACUUACUACACUAAGUAUAAAUAUAUAUAUAUAUAUAUAUAGUAAAAGUAUAAUGGCACUCACCCUUACUGCUAUGAUAAAAAUCUCUUGCCCUGGUGCUAUCCCACGCUGGGAUAUGUAGUAUAUCAAUAAUAAGGAUGCACUCUCCGGUCUUUUUUAAAUAUUCCAAGUGGUAUUUAUUCCGUCACAUAUUAUGACAAAUUGAUCACCGUUCGGGUCUUCCUCAGGAUCAUAUAUAUAUAUAUGUCAGUAUACUUAAGUACAGAAAACAAAAACACUCAAAACUAUUUUAUUUUAUUUUAUUUUUUAAAGGCUUAAAAGGAAGAGUUAAUGUAAACUAUUAAUGCCUUACCCAGCAGCACCUUACUCCAGUUACGUUGAGUCUCUUUGAGUGAAAGAGACUUGGAAAGGCGGUUCUUCAAAAAAAUAAAGAGAUCCCAGAACAAUAAGACUAUUAAAAAAACAGUAUUUAUGUUUUCUUAACAUUAAAGUUUAUUGAUGUUGUAUAUAUUUCAUUUAUAACUAAUGACCUUUUUUGUUCCGUGCAGUUGCUAAAGCUACUUUUAUGGUGGGUAGCUAUGGACCUAGGGCAGAAGAAUAUGAGUUUUUAACUCCUGUAGAAGAAUCACCGAAAGGCAUGCUAGCUCGAGGCACCUACCACAACAAGUCCUUCUUCACAGACGAUGACAAUCACAAUCAUCUAACUUGGGAAUGGAACCUGUCCAUUCGUAAAGAGUGGAAUGAAUAAAAUAGUUUUCGUCCUUAAACAUAUUCUCUAAAUACAUGCAAUCAACUUUCUUACCUCUGCUUGCAGCCUCCCUAUCAGAGAUACCCAACAAGCAGCUCUCUAGCUGUUUUAACUACGUCCCAUGGCGCUUUUCAAGCAUUCCUCUAUGGACCAAUUGUUAUAGAAUAAUGUGACUUGUGGUUCAACAUCAGCUAGGGUGAUACCUGUCGGAUAUCUCUGCUCUUAGUGUGAAACUGCGAGUGAGUAACCUGCUAACUUGUGUAAGCUUCAAGUUCUGACUUCACUGUGCUCUCUUGAUGACUUUCUGUAAAAAAAUAUAUAUAUAUUUCUUUUAUUCCAAUGUUCAUUAUGGGGAAUCUGCUAGCAUCACCUGAUUUGAAUGUAUAAAUAGUUUUCUUUCUGAAUUCCCAAAGUAGUAUAUGAUAGAACAUUCAAAAAUAAGAACAGAAUCAUUAUACAUGUCAUAAUAUCCACAUCUGUGUUGCUUAAUGAAUGGUAACUUUAUUGACAUAUUUAUGCAUAAACCAUUAGGAAAAAAUCACAUUACACAAAAUGUUAUUUGAAGCACAGAACAUUCUAUUUUACAAAAUAAAUAACAUAAACCAAUGUACAUCGUGCAUUCAGUUUUAUUUUUACAUUUGUUAAUAAUUGCC